UUGGCUUUCUUGGAAAAAAAGCAUACAUUUUCUGCACAGAUUAUGGGUAGUAAGAAUAAUGAAGACCAAAAUGUCGCUGUAUCCGGACGGACCAUAUCCAGUUCACCGGAAUUAUUUGAAGAGGAGCGACUUUACGCCGAACUUGACUCGGAAGGCCGGAUGGUCAGCAGGACUAUGACGCUAUAUGAGUGUCAGCUUGAGGGUGAAGUGGAGCAGUUGCAAGAGGCGCUUUUUAAAAUCUCUUCCCAUUAUGCCAAAGUUCAGUUCCGACUGCGGCAGAUAUCAUUGGCUUCUGGUUGCGAGAGGGACAAUCUGUUGAAAGAUCUGGAGCGAUUAACAGCAAAGGGACUAGAUGCGACUGGACCCAUAUGGGAUGAAAAGUUCUCCAUGCCUGCCAAACUUCGCGUGAAGCAAGACAAGAUUCUCUGCCAACUGCGAGGAAGUCUCGGAGACUUGGUCAAAACAACUGGUGUCUGCUUUCAUGCUAAUCAUUACCCGGCCACAAACAGAUCCCUGAGGAUUUCUACAGAUGCUUCCAAUAAAGCUCCCCGAAGCAAAGUCCUCGGCCAGGGCUGUGGUAGAAUCGGAAAAUGCAUUGGUCAUGCGAAGGAAGAAAGCAAACCUGCCACUGGGUACAUGGAAGGCACAUGUUGUGAUAUUGAGUACAGAAAGCUAGAUACACAUUUCUUGCAACCCAAAUCAACAACUUAAUCGUAGAUGUGAUGGAAAAGAAAGGGACUUUUAAAUGCGGAAAUUAAGAAUUUAUUUUAAUUUUAUAAAAAUCCGAAAGAAAAAAGACCGCAAAAUCCCAUUACAGUUACAUCCCAUUUUACAGUUCUGACAUCACCUCUAAUGAUACCUUAAAAAAAUUUAAAAAAAAUGAACUAUGUAGAGCUGCUGCAGACGAAUAAUAUUAAAUUUAGCUUUAAGAUUAAAAGCAAAAAACGGGAAAAGAAGACAAAGAACAGCGUGGAAUCUUAACAAAUGA